UUCUCUGUUUAUUUUUGCCACCCAUGCUGAUGUCGGCUGAGCCUCUUUUCCUGACUUCUGAUGUGAAGUCACAUUAGCGUCGCGUAGUUAUUGCGUCACGCUUACGCACAUUUUAUGCGCCAAGUGUACAGCACACGCGUGGUUUUCGGCAGAGAUAGGGAAUGAUGGGCGAUGAUGUGGAGCGUGUGUUGAUUCAGCUUCAGGAUGAGGGGGGUGAGGUGCUGGGUUCCCCCUUCGAUGUACCGCUGGACAUCACCCCCGAUAAACUACAGCUGGUCUGCAAUGCACUUUUACAGAAGGAGGAGCCUGUGCCGUUCCUGUUCUUCGUGAAAGAUGCAGAGGUGGUGUCGUCUCUGGGUACCUGCGUACAGACUCUGGGUCUGGAGACCGAGCAGGUGCUUCCCGUAGUGUACCAGCCACAAGCUGUGUUUCGGGUUCGAGCCGUGGCUCGGUGUACCAGCUCUUUGGAGGGCCACACAGAAGCGGUCAUCUCUGUGGCUUUUAGCCCUACGGGAAAAUAUCUGGCGAGUGGAUCUGGAGACACAACAGUGAGGUUUUGGGAUUUGACUACAGAAACGCCACAUUACACAGCGAGAGGCCACACGCACUGGGUUUUAUCCAUCGCUUGGUCUCCAGAUGGCAAGAAGUUAGCAUCGGGGUGCAAAAACAGUCAGAUCUUCCUAUGGGAUCCAAUCACAGGAAACCAAAUAGGAAAGACUUUGAUGGGACACACCAAGUGGAUCACCUGGCUGUGCUGGGAACCACUGCACCUGAACCCAGAAUGCCGAUAUUUGGCUAGUUCCUCUAAAGACUGCUCAAUUCGCAUAUGGGACACAGUUUUGGGCCGAUGUGAUAAGAUCCUUACGGGUCACACGCAUUCGGUGACGUGUGUGAAGUGGGGUGGUGAUGGACUCCUGUACACCUCAUCUCAGGACAGAACUAUUAAAGUGUGGCGAGCCAAAGAUGGUGUUCAGUGUCGGACACUGCAGGGUCAUGCCCACUGGGUGAACACGUUGGCCCUCAGUACAGACUAUGUUUUGCGCACAGGAGCGUUUGAACCAGCCACCGCCACCAUAAACCCUAAGGAUCUUACUGGCUCACUGGAAGAGAUCAAGGAGAAAGCUUUGAAGCGAUACAACGACGUCAGAGGUGAAGGUCACGAAAGGCUAGUGUCUGGUUCGGACGACUUCACAAUGUUUUUAUGGAACCCAGCAGAGGAAAAGAAGCCAGUGGCCCGUAUGACGGGUCACCAAGCUCUUGUCAAUGAAGUGCUUUUCUCUCCAGACACACGGCUCAUUGCCAGCGCGUCCUUCGAUAAGUCUAUCAAGAUAUGGGAUGGAAAGACUGGCAAGUACCUGACAUCAUUACGGGGUCAUGUGGGGCCGGUGUACCAGGUGGCGUGGUCGGCCGACAGCCGUCUGCUGGUGAGUGGUAGUAGUGACAGCACUCUGAAGGUGUGGGACGUCAAGACAGCCAAACUGACCGUAGAUCUGCCGGGCCAUGCUGAUGAGGUUUUUGCCGUCGAUUGGAGUACUGACGGGCAGAGGGUGGCCAGCGGUGGGAAGGACAAGUGUUUAAGAAUAUGGAGGCGGUAGCCACAGAAACCAGAGCUCUCUUGCUCUGCACGCAACGGCCAAUCAGGUGCCUCGAUGCAACCACUGAUGGUCCACCACACAGGACAACAGACAGCAGCGUCAACGCAAGAAACAUCGACUUAAUCACUCAACAAAACAGGCAGCUUUACUAUUGCUGACAAACAUAGCACUCUCUGAUGUUGUUGUCGACUAGAUGGCAAAAAUAAGAUUAUACGGCACCUUUUCUGGCCUGAUGAAAUAUGGCGUCACGCUGCUCGUGAGCGAUUGCCCCGUGGAAUCUGCAGCCAAGAUGGCCUGGUUUAAUCUAUGUAAUCUUUCCUACACACACCUUAUUUGUAAUUAACUUAAUCCCUAAUGCCGCGAUACAGGCGGCAUUAACUGGGUCUGUUCCAGCAAAGAGAGAUAACCAGCAGCGUCACAGCGGACCACGCUACGUCAACAGAGAUGUUUUCUCAUUACGAGCAGUAAAAGAAAUGUGAUGGGAUACAGGUCUUGUUUGUGUGUGGGUUUCUUAUCUUGAAUUAGACACAGUUGUUAAUGCACAACACAUUUAGCCGCGUGUUGUUUGGGCAUUAUGAUGCUCACCCAAAGGGAUAGUUUCCCCAAAAAAUGAAAAUUCUGUCAAUAUUUACUUACCCUCGUGUUGUUUAAACCUGUAUGAGUUUCGCAAAAAAAAGAUAUUUAAAAAAAUAAUGGUAAGCACACAGUUGAUGGUCCUCAUUGACUUCCAUAGUAUUUGUUUUUUUACAGUUAGCACCAUCAACGGUGUGGUUACCAUAAUUUAUCAAAAUAUCUAAUGUGUUAAAAAAACUCAUACACAUUUUAAAAAUAUAUAUAUAUAUAUAAGGGUUGUCACAGGUCAUUGAAAUCCUUGAAAGUUUGUGAAUCUGUGGGGAAAAUUCAAGGCCCUGGGAAGUUUUUGAAAAUAUACAUACAUAGAUACAGGUCAUUGAAAGUGCUUGAAUCUAUUUUAUGCAAGACUUUUACUGGAAAAAAUCCAAAAUCCACAGGAAUGUAUUCCCUGUGUAGUGUAGGAUGAUAAUAUUAAAAUUCUAGACUUUUUAAGCACACGUACUAAACUGUUCACUUUAAAUGCUUAUAUCUUCUGUAUGCGAAUGUUGAUUCAUACCAAAAUGUUUUUUUGCAUAGUUGUGUUUGACACAUGAAAAAAACUUGGGUUAUGAAUGUAACUGUUGUUCCCUGAGAAGGGAACGAGACGCUGCGUCUCCCUUGCCAUACUUCCUGCGUCCCUGUAAUGCCGUCUUUGGCAAUAUUUCAGAUAGCGAUAUACUUCCUGGCUCCCACGUCACCCUGUCUUUGUUGUUAAGCCUUACCAUUGGUUGAAUUUGAUACACACAUUAGACGCACUUACCCCUGGAGGCGUCCCCAAAGUGUCACCGCAGUGACGCAGCACGAGUUCCCUCGAAAGGGAACUGUAACAAUGUAUCUUUAAAAGUAACACUAUGUUGCUCUCACUUGAAAUGUGUCCCCACAUUAAGUCCUUGAAUUUGAGGGUAUUGGACCUGGAAAGUUCUUGAAAGGUCCUUGAAUUUGAAGUUAACUAAAGUGUGGGAACCCUGGGGUGAGUAAAUGAUGACAGAAUUAGCUUUUUUUGGGGAACUAUCCCUUUAAAAAGUUCUUAUUGGCCACUAAACAGAAUCACAGUGAAUGUAACCUAUUCAGUUUAUUGAGUUGUGAAGUUUUUCACAAUCUAUUUGAGCAUUGUUUUGAAAAAGCCUCAGGUAAGCAUCUCCGACAUAAGCACAAGUAGCUUUGGUACAUCUGGCAACCUUUGCCGACACAUGGAUUGACAACAUAGCUCAGUAAAAACAAAUAAAAACAGCUGCCAUUCACAUCUUGAAUAAAAAACACAAACAGCUUGAGAGUUACAUUGCAAGAUAACACACAGCAAUAUAGAGCAAAACCACCAUAGUCCUCACAUUGGCGUGACUGAGUGAUAAUGAUCUGCUUGUCACAAUGACGCCCGCGCAUGCAAGUUAACCACAUUUGAGCUGUAUGUGAAAAUUCACUUAAAAAAACA